AUGCGUUCCAAGUUCAAGGACGAGCACCCCUUCGAGAAGCGCAAGGCGGAGGCUGAGCGUAUUCGCCAGAAGUACGCCGACCGGAUCCCAAGCCUCAUCACCGCCUUAUCGUCCCCCUCACCGCUCCUUCCGGUAGCUAACGGGUUCCGUCUAUCACAGGUCAUCUGCGAGAAGGUCGAGAAGUCGGAUAUCGCUACCAUCGACAAGAAGAAGUACCUGGUUCCAGCCGAUCUCACCGUGGGCCAGUUCGUCUACGUCAUCCGCAAGCGCAUCAAGCUCUCCCCCGAGAAGGCGAUCUUCAUCUUCGUCGAUGAGGUCCUACCACCCACUGCGGCUCUCAUGAGCAGCAUCUACGAAGAACACAAGGAUGAGGACGGUUUCUUGUACAUCACAUACUCUGGCGAGAAUACCUUUGGCGACCUUUAA